AUGCUCGAUUCCCGUGACCUAGAAAUUGCUCAGAUGGAAAGUCCGAGUACGCCGAAUAGUGCAAUAUUUAUCAAGAAAGUAGUGGAUUUCCGACCGAAAGGUCAAAUCACUCAUUUGUGUUCGAACAAUGGUGAAAUGUUGCUGGUAAUCGGUGCACGGCAACUUCUUCAUUAUCCACUUCAAAACACUAAUAGACAAAUUGAUGUUGUUUUGCCGCUAUUAAUGCAUGAUCGCAUUGCUUAUGUUCAUCUUAGCCCUAGCGGUCGCCACGCAAUCAUAAGUACCACCGGUGCCGACAAUUUUUACUUGAAUUUGAAACAUGAUUCAGCAAAGCAGUUGAAAAAAUUGAAAGGACAUGUGAUAAGUUCUGUGGGUUGGAAUAUGGAAAUUUCGACAGAUAACGAAACAGGUUUCAUCGUUCUCGGUACUAUGAAAGGUUCUCUGUUUGAGUCAUCGAUUAUUUCAAAUGGAACAGUUGCUUAUGUUCGUGAACUGACCAGCAAUUUAAGCGGAAUAAAAGAUUUAUCCGUGACCGGAAUUGAGAUAUGUCAAUGUGAGGAUGAAAACCAAAGGUCGAGGUGGGCUCUGUUUGUAUGUCUUCCUGGAAGACUGUAUUGUUUGAGCGGACAAAUCAAUACGAAGCAGGAUGUUACUGGGGUGCAACCGGUUGUGAGCACAGUUUGGAGCUCCGCGUUUGCUGAACAUAAUCCCGCUAUCUUACAACCUUUAUUUGCAUCAAAAGCACCAUUUCGUUUUCAUUCUAUGGAUGAUGAGCAACGAAAUUUGCCGAGCGCUUUUGUUGUUUAUCCAAAAGUGAAUAAUGAACUGCCUACUAUAUUUUGUUGGGUCGGUGCUGAUGGUUACACAUUAGGACGAAUAGAUUUGACAGCUUCAGAAGCAUACGACAUGAUUAUUGAAGAAACACAUGUGCAACAUCAGUUGAUGGAUGGACGUUACAGUUAUCCCUUGGAUAUUGCGUUAACAGAAUAUAACGUUCUGUUGUUGUAUAGUACUCAUAUUGAAGCUAUUUCAUUACUCAAUCAAAAACUAAUGUUUGAUGAUACCAUUGGAACGGAUUCUGGUCAAGUGAAAGGGAUGUGCCGCGAUGCUGUAUCCGAAAUGGUUUGGGUAUAUACUGAUGCUACUGUGUGGAAGUACCGGCCAAAUGAAGAAUUCAGAGAUAUUUGGCAGAUCUAUUUGGAACGCGGUGAGUGUGGCAAAGCACGAGCUAUCACAAGUAAAUUGACUAAUCCAGCGCCACAUCAGCUAGUUAUUAAGAAAGAAGCUGAAAAAUACAUUGCAGAAAAGAAUUUCACAGCUGCAGCAGAAAUCCUUAUGGAAUCAACCGAUCCUUUUGAAGUUAUAUUACUUAAAUUUUUAUCAACUAAGGAGGAUCGACGAAAUGGUCUCAAGCGUUUUCUGGAACUAAAAUUAAAGUCGCUAUCAAAUACAGAGGACAAGAUACGACGGGAUGCUUUGGUUUUAUGGUUGUUGGAUGUGCAAUUGGCAGAAUUUGCAGAGCUACGUCAAAAUGUAAAGCAAGUGCAACUGGGAGGAGUAGAGUUAACAAAAGAAGAAACAACCAUUGAGCAGCAAAUUAAAAAUAUGCGUCAACAAAUUGAACUCUUUCUUGCUCGUUCUAUUGUUUUGGCAGCAGUGGAGGUAAAUCGUGACGCAGUUUACCAUUUAAUUACUUCACAUGCACAUUUUGAUAUUCAACUUUAUCUUGCUCAAAAACUAAAAGAUUAUGUGACGAUUGUAAAUGUUUAUUUGCUGCAGUCUGACUAUGAGAAAGUUUUAGAAGUAAUACAAAGACAGCACAUUUUCGAGCUUUAUUACAAGCACUCUCCAACCUUAAUAGAGAAAAUACCAUCGGAACUAAUAGCAGCCUGGAUCGAAGAAGGUAAGGCACUUGUAUCGGAUCGGCUCCUGCCAGCACUGUAUCGUUGUCAGGAUGUAUCGAAAACGAAAAUGGUCACUGCUGCUUUGAAAUAUCUCAAUUUUGUAAUAAAUGAGAAUUGGGCAAGCCGAUCAAUGCAUAAUUUUAUGAUAACGCUGUGCGCGGAAUUCAAGCCGGAAGAGCUAUUGAAUUAUUUUGAAAAAUAUGGUUAUAACAGAAACUUGGUACCAUACGAUGUUGAAUAUGCCCUAAGAGUUUGUGUUGAAAAGCAAGCACUGAAGCGAUGUUGCGUUUUUAUGUAUUGUGUAGACGAGCUAUACGACGAAGCCGUUUCUCUUGCCUUAACGAUUGAUGUUGAAUUGGCAAAAACUUGUGCAAAACAAAUGAUGAAACCUAAUGAAAAUGAGUAUGACUUUUUGCUGCCUAAUUCAGUGAAGCCAAAAUUCUCAGUGGAUAUGCGACGAAAGAUUUGGCUACAAAUAGCGCGACAUGUAAUUGAGAAGCAGGAGGAUAUAGCUGCAUGCGUAAGCCUGCUAAAGGAAUCUGACAACACUAUCAAGAUACAGGACUUACUGCCAUUUUUCCCAGAAUUCACAACUAUUGAAUAUUUUAAAGGGCCAUUAUGCGAAUGUCUAAAGGAGCAUUCUGGAAAAAUUAAGCAAAUAUUAACCUCGGUCCUUUUCCGAUUCACUAUAAUUCGUUCGAACGAUCAAUGCGCUUCAUGUUCGGAACCUGUCAUGACUCGACCGUUUUAUACAUUUACUUGCCGACAUUUGUUCCAUAAGGACUGUUUAGAAUCGGAGAUGAAAUCUCAUUGGACUAUGGAAGAACAGGAAAAAUAUAGCAAUUUGGUUGAGAAGGAGAGAAUACUGCAGAAGCAGUUAGAAAAAUCGACAUCUUCGAAUUGGACUCCAAAGAAAAUAAACGAUUUUCAAGAAGAGCUGAAACACGUACGCAAUGAAAUUAAUGAUACUGUUGCUGGUGAUUGUGUCUUCUGUGGUAUUGCAAUGAUUAACUCGAUCGAUAAGCCGUUUUUUGAAGAAGACGAAUAUGAAAAAGAAAUGAUGACUUGGUAA